GACGGCGAGAGCGGCGUUGCCAUGGAUACGGAGACAGCUGUGUUCCCAGGAACGGUUGGAGUUGGCAGCAGCGCGGUGGGAGCGGAACCCGGAGCCUCCGGAACCCCCGGAACUCCCCGAAACCCCGGCCGUGCGCGGAGACAGGUGCUGACCGUGAGCGGACCGCUGGGCUGCGGGAGAUGGCCUCCUGCCUCCUGGAGUGCCUCUGUGAGGCUGAGCUGGGGCAGUACUACCCACACUUCCUGGCUAUGGGAUUGCAGAAGAUUGAGGAGUUGGCAGAGGUCACCAUGAAGGAUUACUCCAAGCUGGGAGUGCAUAGUAUGGAGGACCGCAAGCGCCUCUUCCAGCUGAUUAAAAUAAUUCAGAGCGUGGCAGCUGAGGACAGCGAUGGGAGAACACCCCUGCAGCCGGGCUGCGUCUACCUGCAGCCCCCUCACAACCGCUCUGCCACCAGGAGGCAGCUGCAGUUUGACUUCUCCUAUGAGACGGACGGAGACGAGUUCCCAUCAUCUAAAUCCUUUCGUAACCAUUUCAUUAAGCACCCUGCAGAAAUCUGCGACAGGGCGCCACCUGUUGGCCAGUACCAUGGCCAGAGGCUCCCCACAGCACCGGAAGAGGAGAGUCCAGCUGAAGGGUCCCGCCUGGAGGCACUGAGGGGCACAGCACCAGGCCUUAGAGACACGGAGGGCCCAGUUAUUCACAGAGUGAUGCACGUGUCGGGGUAUAACUAUGGCGUGCCACAGACGCACUUACGGCCCAGCGCUGCGGACAAAGAGGAACCCUGGACGGAUAGCGAUAAAAUCCGCGUUUGUGUCCGCAAGCGCCCUCUAGGCCUAAGAGAGGAGCGCCGCGGGGAAUUGAACGUGGUGAGCGUGGAGGACGGACAAACUGUUCUAAUUUACGAGCGGAAAGAAGCGGUCAAUCUGAAGGAAUAUAUUCUCCAGCACGUGUUUUACUUUGAUGAUGUGUUUAGCGAGACGUUGACCAAUCAGGAUGUGUACAUGAAGACUGCGUACCCACUCAUCCAGCAUGUGUUUAACGGCGGGAAUGCUGCAUGUUUUGCAUAUGGCCAGACCGGAGCCGGUAAAACGUACACCAUGAUCGGCACCCAGAAGAACCCUGGACUCUACGCCCUGGCUGCUAGGGACAUCUUCCAGCAACUUGAGUCCUCCCAGCCCAGAAAAGACCAGACUGUCUGGAUCAGCUUUUUUGAAAUUUACUGCGGACAACUGUACGACCUGUUAGAUGGCAGGAAAAGGCUCCAUGCUAGAGAGGACGGGAAGCAUGUGGUUCAGGUUGUGGGACUGAGAGAAGUUCAAGUCAAAAAUGUGGAUUUCCUUCUGGAGAUGAUCCUGAAGGGCAGCAGAGAACGCAGCACCGGAGCCACCGGGGUCAAUUCCGACUCUUCCCGCUCACAUGCUGUCAUUCAGAUCCAGAUCAAAGAUGGCGGGAGCCGCAAACUCGGGAGAAUGUCUUUCAUUGAUUUAGCUGGAAGUGAGAGAGCCUCUGACGCCAGGGAAUCCGACAAACAAACCAAGAUGGAGGGAGCCGAAAUAAACCAGAGUCUCCUCGCUCUGAAAGAGUGUAUCCGUGCACUGGACCAGGAGCAGGCUCACACCCCCUUCCGUCAGAGCAAGCUCACCCAGGUGCUGAAAGAUUCUUUUAUAGGAAACGCAAAGACUUGUAUGAUCGCUAAUAUAUCUCCAAGUCACAUAGCUACUGAGCACACGCUGAACACUCUGCGCUAUGCCGACAGGGUAAAAGAAUUAAAAAAGGGAAUGAGAUGCACAACGUCCUGCACUAAUCGCAGCAGAUCUGCUUCAGGGUUCUCUCCAAAACGGGUCCAGAAUUCUUCUUCUAUGCCGGGGGAAAAAAUAUCGCCUAAGAAAGUAAAAUUGGGAUUACAGCACCCCUCCACCACCUCGAAUACCCUAAAGUCCAAGUCCUAUCCUUCUGUCUUCCAUCCGUCUAAUAUACCGCUGUCUUCCACUCCCAAAACCUGUACGAAACCAAAUACCGUGAAAGGGAGCCCUGGCCAAGCCUGGAUCGCUCACACCACCCCAGUCAAAGGAUUUAUUAAGAUUGGUAAAAAAAAGACCGAAAAUAACCAGGAUCAGAAUCCUACGCCCAGGAAUCCUUGUGGCAAUAAAUCACAGAUGUCACAUGAAUUUAGAGAAAAUAAUUUUAGCCACAGUCGUCAGAAUUUGCAAAGAGUACAAGCCGUACAGCCUGUGCAGAAGCAAAUUGUGCCAAGGGCUGGGACAUCAUUGGAGAAUAACAAUACAAGAGCUUUUAGUUCUGGUGAUGGUCCAGUCCGCAGAAAUGCCAGCAGUGAUUUGGGGGUUCUUCCAGAGCAGAAGGAAAGGGAGGAACGCUUGAGAUUUUAUCAUCAGCAGUUCCAACACCCACCGAUUCUCCAUCAGAAACUACAAUAUCAACCUCUUGAAAAGAUUUUAGACCGUUAUAAGCCGCAAGAGGUUACAGUUGGCCAUAUCAUCAGCCCAACUCCACCGUGUGAAGGACAGUCCCAGGAAGACCCAGAUGACAGCGAUUUUAGCGAAGACUCCUUCUCAUAUGCUUCCAAUCAGAAGAAAGGAAGAAAAGAGGAGAUGGUCCGUGAAAGACUUUCAUUUUUUCUUCACCAGGGUUCGCCAAACACUGAGAUCAGGAAGUGCUCUGGUAGGGGUCAAGGAUUGUGCUUUAAUUAUUCCGAAUCACGGGAGUACAAAAACAUGGUGAGCUGUAAUUGUGCGAGUGGCUGUGGUUUGGCAGAGAGAAAGAGGACAGGACAUGGUGACCAUUCUUCAUGGAGUUCUCAAGAUGAUUCCACCAGUGCACACGGCUCGUCGGACAUCAGCAAUACUCCAGAAAAGCCAUAUUCUUCUCAUGAGGACCUACCGAACCAGCUAAAGAAAAAGAAAGAUCCUUCUGUCAUGCCCAGUCCUGUGGAGGACGUAUCUAGUGCUUUUGGUCCAUUACAGGAACAGGGUGAUAGAACUCUUCCUUUACUAGGGGCCCAAGCUGCAAGAGCCAUGUUGAGCAGCAUGGACGCUGGAGAGUCCAUGAAUAAGUCAUCAGACUCUGCCUCUGAAUUGAUGCCCCCUCUCACUGUGUCGUUGCUCCAGGAUAACUGGUCACUGGAGGCUACUCCUGACCUGGAACCCCACGAGUCCUCAAGAUCUGAUGGCGGGGCAGGGAAUACAACUUCUGAGAAGGAUGCGGCUAUAGAUUCUCACACAAAUGACAGGUCUGUCGAAAAUAAUCUGUCAGCACUUGUCAAACAGAUGCUGCGAUAUAAUGAAAGCUUGCAUGCUCAGAACUCCCAGCAAAGAGCCAAGGACCGCCCUCCAGAAGCCAACAAUGGUUCCCAGCCAUGUUCCGGUGGCUCACCAAGCUCUAGGCAAAAUAGUUCCUUCAGCAUCAGUGAUUCUUCCUACUUAGAUGUUGCAAUUUCCAGAUCUGGUGACCUGGUCAGUCACUAUUAUGAUGCGGAUACUGAAGAAAGCAGCUCAGAUCCUAAAAAGCAUGAGAUUGCUCCUCUGCCUCGGGGGCUUGGUAGGAAGACUUUUGAGGAAACAGUUGAAGCUGCCAAAGACAAACAUGAGAACAACCUAACUCCAAAUAAGGCCAAGGCAGACGUCUUUAAAGUGAUCACUAGUAAACCAUCCAAAUGUAACGGCUCUCCUACAGAGAGCGACGGUCACUACCAAGAGUCACCUGUCGCUGACACAGAUUGCAAAUGUUCUGAACUCUCCAGAAGGUUGCCUUUCCGAGACUGUGACCUGGAGCAUCUUAAAAACAGACUAAUGAAAUGUCUAUUUCCCCACCAUGGUAUCCAGGAUGAGAAGAUGCCAAGAUGUGCCCAGAGCAGAGAGGAGAGUAGUUCCAGGACUAAUGUGGGCACUGCCACCCAGUUACAGCCCAUCCACAUGAAUGUUCACCAAGACAAAAGCCUGGAAAAAGCCCAGCAGCUUAUUGUACAAGCACAUUGUAAAGCGCUAAACGAGAUGUCUGCUCUUUGCACAGAGGAGGAGAUGCUUCUGAGUCGUGUAUCUAAUACGGGUUUUCAGGACUAUGUAAAGAAGCUGGAUGAGAUUCUGGCCGUAAAGUGUAGACACAUUGAGAGCCUGCGGGCCCAGCUGCAGAUGUUCCUGGGUUAUUCGUCCGCAGAGUCAUCCGCUCGCUCCUCCGUGCAGGAACAUAAUGACCAGGAGGUGAUAGACUGUCUGUGCUGCUCUUAGUAGUCUCUCUCUUCCUGACUAACCCUCAGCUACAGCCCCAAACACGCCGGACGAGGACACUGGAGACCUCAGUGGCCGCACUGGAUUUGCACACACUGCUCUCCCCCUAGACAUAUUCUAUAAUGUAGGUGCUCGGUGGAAUCUGUCUUCAUUACCAGUCCUCAUCAUCCAGCUCAGGGCUAUUUAUCUGGAGCGAUGACUGGGCCGUAGCUCUGCAUAAAAAACUUGUGUGUAUUAUAGAAUAAUGUAUAUUAAAGCAGCAGGACAGUAAGA